CGACAAGCGUAGGCUUGCGCGUGCGCAGUUCUGGGUGUCUGACCUUCAUCGCUGCAGCCAUGUUCGCCCGGAGCAGCGCUUUGGUUUUCCUCCCACAAUGUGGGCAGGUCAGGAACAUGGCCACCUUGAAGGACAUCACCCUUCGGCUGAAGUCCAUCAAGAACAUCCAGAAGAUCACAAAGUCCAUGAAGAUGGUGGCCGCUGCCAAAUACGCCCGCGCUGAGAGGCAGCUGAAGCCGGCCCGCGUCUACGGCACCGGAGCUCUAGCGCUGUACGAGAAGGCUGACAUCAAGGCGCCCGAGGAGAAGACCUCCAAGCACCUGCUGGUCGGCGUGACUUCUGACCGUGGGCUCUGCGGCGCCAUCCACUCCGGUGUGGCCAAGGUCAUAAAGAGCGAGAUCGCCAACCUGACCAGCGCCGGCAAGGAGGUGAUGGUGGUCAACGUGGGAGACAAGCUGAGAGGCCUCCUGCACAGAACCCACGGGAAGCACAUCAUCCUGAACUGUAAGGAGGUCGGCCGCAUACCCCCCAGCUUCAACGACGCCUCCAUCGUCGCCACCGAGCUGCUCAACUCCGGAUACGAGUUCGACCAGGGCUCGGUCAUCUUCAACAGAUUCAGGUCCGUCAUCUCCUACAGGACGGACCAGAAGCCGCUGUUUUCCACGGACAUCGUGGCCAACUCAGAGAGCAUGGGGAUCUAUGAUGACAUCGACGCUGACGUGCUGAGGAACUACCAGGAGUUCGCUCUGGUCAACGUCAUCUACCUGGCAAUGAAGGAGUCUUCCACCAGCGAGCAGAGCGCCAGGAUGACGGCCAUGGACAACGCCAGCAAGAACGCCUCUGAGAUCAUCGAUAAGCUGACCCUGACCUUCAACCGCACCCGGCAGGCCGUCAUCACCAAGGAGCUCAUUGAGAUCAUCUCUGGAGCCGCCGCUCUAUAAACGGACAACGUCGUUUCUGUCUCUGAAAGUUCUUCGGGGGAGUCUAAAGAACCUAUUUGUGCUUCUAUUUGUGAAAAUAUACAGAAAAAUAAACCUCUACAUCAGAACCGA